ACAAACACGUCAUCAGCUCAUCUACACGACGCAGUGAAACGCUGCUGCUGCUGCUUUAGUGACACAAAGCGUCUCAGAUCACCUCAGUUUUUAAACGAUGGUUUCUAUUAUGAAGGAGACAAAACCGACCUGCUCCUCUUAUUGAUCGACGAAGAAGAAAACAGGCACAGAUGAUUGAUUUCUCAAAACAGCAUAAACCCUGUGGGCAAUCUAAAAGCUCUGUGUGUGAACUUCCUGUUAUCUGUGAGCCUCGGAUUAAAGAAACUGUCCCUGCUGAUGAAUUGGAGCGCACAGGAAGCACAGCAGCAGCGAAGCAUCGCCAGACGUACAGGAAGCAUCAAAGCUGGUCUGAGGGCGUCCACAGCAAACAGAAACUUUGAACCAGCUGGUUUUUCCCUCUGACUCAUGAUUCUCUCAACAUUGAAACGGUGGCUUUGCUCGGAGUUUAACCACACACUUCAUCAUCGUGUUCAUAAAUAAGUGUUUUUAUUACACAGAGAAAACUCAGGAAACAAGAAGGAUCCUAGAAAGUGUCGAUAGCAGCUGAUGUCGACACCAACCUGCUCCCGGGGUUUCACAGUUAAUGCUAAACUGGAUUUGUGGGUUUUCCCAAAUUAGGCAAAAAGCAGAAAUAAAAAGCCCGACGGACAGACGGGAUCAUCGUCCAGGUGGGAAGUGUUUGUGGUUGAGUUUCCUGUUCCCGCAGAAACAUGAAGACUGUGAUGCUCGCUGUGCUGCUGCUGCUGGCCGUCAGUCAGAGUGAAGCCUUGGAGUGUCACUGUGGAGGCCAGAAGUUCUGUUCACGUCCUGUGGAGACGUGCUCCAGCUCCAACGAUGUCUGCUCUACUCUCGUCAUCACUUCUGGGCCGGUGGUAACGCACACAAAGGGCUGCUUGAAGUCGCUGGCCUGCAGGAUCCUGAAUCGUCCGCCCGUGAUGACUGUCAGCUGUUGCAGUUCUGAUCUGUGCAACAGAUAAACCGCUGCCACGCGGGACGUCGCCCGAUUGGUCGACGCUCUGCUGCCGUGUGUUGUGUACUCUAGAGCAAUAAAGAUCAGCUGACUGUA